AUGUCUUAUGCAAGUUACAACACAGUUGAUCAAUAUUCAAGUCCAAGUGUUGGUUCUUCAGACUUACCAAUAGAUAUGGCAGAAGGAAAUAAAGCAAAUGUAGACCUAAUUGGGUUAGAAUGUGAUGCUGGAAAGGAUGUUACUAAGGAAGUUGAAGAAGUGGAAGGGGACUGUGAACCAUAUAAAAAAAAAAAGCAAAGGAAAAAAUCUUCAAUUAUUUGGCAGGAAAUGACAUUGGUCAAACUUGAGAAUGGUGAGGAAAGAGUGCAAUGCAAUCACUGCAACUACAAAUUGAAAAAGCAAAAGGAUGGGACAACCACACAAUACAAAAGACAUUUAGAUUGUUGCAUAAAACGCAAGAUAAAUCUAUCUGGGCAAAGGAACAUUUGUGUACUUCCAUCAACACAAAAAUCAGAAAGUGUUAAUGGUGUUCAAAGUUGGAAGUAUGAUCAAGCGAGGAUAAGGGAAGUUAUAUCUCACAUGAUCAUGGUUCAUGAAUUGCCAUUUUCCUUUGUUGAGUAUGACCUCUUCAACAUAGUCAUGCAAACUGCAAGUCCAUAUUAUGAGCGAAUUAGUCGAACAACAACCACAAAAGAUUGUUGGUCAACUUAUGAGAUAGAGAAGAAACGAACUUGGAUAGUAAGUUGCAGAAAAGAGUUGAACUUUGUUGAAGUUCUUCCUCCACAUACUGGUACAUGUGUUUGUGAUGCAAUAUACAAAUGCUUGCAAGAAUGGAGUAUUGAAGAGAAAGUGUGGACAAUCACGGUGGAUAAUGCCUCAUAUAAUGACUCAGCUGUGAGGUUGUUACAUGACUCUCUUUCUUUCCAUACAAAUUUGCCACUUGAUGGUAAGUUAUUUCAUAUUCGUUGUUGUGCACACAUAUUGAACAUUCUUGUGCAAGAUGGUCUUUCUGAGAUUAAGUCUAUCAUUGAAAAUGUGAGAGAUAGUGUCAAGUACAUUAGUGCCUCACCUCAACGAUUGCAUAGUUUUAAUGAGAUUUGCAAACAGCUUCAAGUGCCUAGCAAGAAGUUGAUUUUAGAUUGCUGCACUAGGUGGAAUGCAACAUUUGCUAUGUUGUCCUGUGCUUUGGAUUUUAAGCAAGUAUUCCCCCGAUAUCAACUUCGAGAUCCGAAUUAUAAUUGCUUGCCUUCUGAUGAUGAUUGGCAAAGAGUUGAGGAGAUAUGCUCUUUAUUGGUGCAUUUCAAUGAAGUUACACAAAUUAUCUCAGGUUCUGAAUAUCCAACAUCAAAUUUGUUCCUUCCUGAACUAUAUAACAUCAAAGAAAUCUUAUGUCAAAAGUCUGUAAGUGUAGAACCUUGGAUGAAAAACAUGGCCCAAAGAAUGCAGCAGAAGUUUGACAAAUAUUGGGGUAGUAGCAAUCUAUUGCUUUCUAUUGCUGCUGUUUUAGAUCCUAGGAAUAAAAUGACAUUUAUUGAAUUUUCUUUUCCAGUCAUUUAUUCUGAGUAUGAAGCUACUAGACAAAUUGCUAUUGUUCAUGAUUCUUUGUAUGAGUUAUACAAGAUAUAUUUGGAUAAAUAUGCAGCAACUUCAAAGGAAAAUGAUUUUCAGGCAAUGGAUACUUCUGAAAAUUGUGUUGCUACUACUACAUGGAAAGGGAAGGGGCUAGUUGUUGAAACAGGGAGAUCAAAGUUUGAGAAGUUUGUGAGGAAUGUUGAAACUGUCCAAAAUGUGAAGUCUGAACUAGAUACUUAUUUACAGGAUGAUGGCAUGUGA